AUGGCUGCAGACAACACUGAUGAUUCCGUGGAGGACUCAGAUCCCACCACCGAUCCCCCCAGCCCCCCUGUGUCCCCCAAUUCACCUGUACAGGUAACUAUAAUUCCACCUUCAGCCUCUCCCCCACCACAGGUUAAUGACACAGAUGCAGAUGAUGAUGUUCUCCCACCCAACUCUCCUGCCGCCGGACCAUCCUCUCCCGUUGCUGGACCAUCCACCACCGGACCAACAACAACCACCACCACCACCACCACCGGACCAACAACAGCAACCACCUCCGGACCAUCGGCCACACCUCCUCCUGCCCCAGCAGCCCUGCAGGCAGCCCCUGGUGGUGCUCAGCUGCCGCACCCUCGACCAGCCAGGCGGCGCCAAUGGGCGCUCGUUGCUGACCCUGGACUGAUCUCAUCGGGGGCAAGCGGCAGAGGCGAGCACCGGAGCGCUACCAGGCCCCUGCAGACUCCCUGCUUUUUGAGUUAA